AUGACUUCCCCGGCCCUCACGACAGCUGAAGACCUGCCGGCAGAGUCUGUCCGCUCCGCCCCUUUGGAAACCCAUCAAGAAGACACAUCCGAAUUCGGCGAAGAAAACUCGGAAACUAAUGACGUCGGCGACGAUCAGCCACCCAAGCCGCAGCCUCAGAAAAGACGACGGGUGACACGUGCCUGUGAUGAAUGUCGGCGCAAGAAAAUCAAAUGCGACGGCAAGCAGCCGUGCACGCAUUGUACCGUCUAUAGCUAUGGUAUUACUUACGAUCAACCAUCAAACCGCCGACGGAACGCAACUCCUCAGUAUAUUGAGGCCUUGGAGAGCCAACUGAAGCGUGCCAAAGCCUUAUUGCAGGUGGUGCUCCCAACUGUAGAUUUAAACGACCCUGCCAUCGAUGCCCACCUUCAGAAUGGAUUGCUACCACAGCUACCCCAGGCGGCUCCCCGACUUCCCGUGAUGCCCAUGGAAUCACGCGCGCCCCAUCAUCAUGUCCCUUUGCAAAACGAAGAUGUUCCUGACUCACAUCUAGAGGCCAUGGUCAAAGCGACAGGCCAGCUGGAUCUUGACGAAGAGGGAAACUGGGAUUACCAAGGCCAUUCUUCCGGACUUAGCUUCAUGAGGGGGCUUCGCCAAUUUGAUGACAUGUUCCAAAUUCUACCAGAUGCUUCGCCGUCUUUUAAGCAACGUACAAUGUCUUAUGAUGCCUCCUCACCAAGUGCUCUUUCCAUAGCUGGAUCUACGUCUUCAGCGGUCAAUGUGGCUCUUCCCAGCAAAGAAGAGGCACGCACUUUGUGCGACAACGCCAUUAUUCAGUAUACUGCCAUGCUCCGAGUGGUCCAUCUUCCUACUUUCUAUGAGCAGAUGGAACGCGUAUACAAAGUAGCACCCGAAAACUACGGAAGUGCUGAAACUAGUUUCUUGCCUCUGCUUUUCGCUGUUCUGGCCCUGGGAACGCUCUACUCAGAGAAUGAGCAGGGUGCUGAUGUUACAGGCUACGAUGCCCUAACUGACGAAGGACUCAAGUACUUCAAGGCUUCCCGCCAACUCCUGGACAUUACUGAUUGUAGAGAUUUAACCUCGCUUCAAGCCAUUGUUUUCAUGAUACAGUUUUUGCAGUCAUCGGCCAAGCUUAGCACAUGCUAUGCGUAUAUUGGAAUUGCCCUACGCUCAGCACUGCGUAUGGGUUUGCACCGUUCGUUCAAUGUCACAUUCUCGCCUAUCGAAUCUGAAACACGUAAACGUAUAUUCUGGGUUAUUCGGCGAAUGGACACAUAUGUUGGAGCUAUGCUCGGAUUACCGCGAUUCUUGGAGGACGAAGAUAUCGAUCAGGAAUGGCCGGCCGAAGUUGAUGACGAAUACAUUACAGAGACUGGGAUUCUGCCUAUGCCAGAAGGAACCAUUUCCGUAAUGGCUGCUUUCAACGCGCAUACUCGUCUCGUACAAGUACUGAACAAAAUCUGCAAAUAUGUGUAUCCUAUCAAGGGUACGCAGUCGGGCGGCAAGAAUUCGGUAACCUACACUGUGGGUUACUCCAAGAUCCGAGAAAUUGAGAAAGACUUGGCACGCUGGCUAGACGAGUUGCCCGCCGCACUGAAGCCUGGUGGCGAGGUUCCACCUGUUAUCAAAAGGGUUCAACAGCUUCUUCGCAUGGCUUUUGGACAUGCACAGCUCUUGCUAUACCGGCCAUUUUUGCACUAUGUUUCACAAUCUUUCAGCGCCAAAGCUGUUGACCAGAGGGCAUUUGCAUGCGCCUCUGCUUGCGUCAACGUCUCCCGUAACAUCAUCCACAUCUCCACAGAAAUGCGGAAGCGCGGUGUACUAGCCGGGGCAUAUUGGUUCUCCAUGUACACGACAUUUUUCGCUAUCGUAUCAAUUCUCUAUUUUGUAUUGGAAAAUCCUACUAGCCCCACCAGUUUUGAGUUGCUACGAGAUGCUGUGGAGGGCAAGGAGGUACUGGCCUAUUUUGCAAAGAGAAGUCUGGCAGCUGAUAGGUGCAGUAUUGCGCUUGAGGGCAUGUUCGAACGGCUACCAGAGUCUAUUAGACAUGGUGGAGAGAUCAUUGCGUCAAAAAAACGCCGACAAGGAAGCUCACCGCAAUCCUCAGGAACAAGACCUACCUUGGCCAGUCAAAAAGAAACGAUAGCCCCACGACGAGCGAGCACCUACCCUGACAACAUUCCACACGUCAAGACGGCUGGCCCUGGCGCGUCCUAUCCGUCUCCCCACAGUCAUUUUGCUGGGAUUGGCUCAAACUCUUCAUAUCCCUCACACUCAAUCUCUAACCCUAACUUGUUCGAUGGUGUUCCGGGUCUCACACCUACCUCUUCCAAUGACAGUCUGCCAAGCUUUGGUAUGGCCCCUAUUCAUGACGCGCAACAAAGCUCGGUCUACAGUCCUUCGGUUUUGAGCAACUCAUUCACAGAUCCAUCAGGCAUGAAUGUGCCAAUCGCAGAUAUCUCGACUAUGAUGUUUCCUUCUACCGACCCUCUUGCCUAUCCGAAUCAACCAAUGACUGCUUUCGAAAACAGGCAUCCUCAAGCGUUUGAUCGCACCAGUGUUCCACCGGUGAGCAGCGGCCUUCCACACCCAAUGUCGUCCGGCAUAGACGUGAAGGGGCAUCCUCCCAUGUUUGCACCAACCAGUAUGCCCGGUGGUCAAGGCCGACCACAGAACGACAACGAAGCCCAACUGUUUAGUAAUAUUCCCAUGUACUUGAUGCAAGGCGCACAGCAGUAUCGAACCUAUCCACAGCCAGGGAUGCAAAUACAAGGACCACACAAUGUUCAGUUCGAUGACUUGCUUACCCAAGAGGACUGGUCACAUUCUUUCAUGGACCCGGCGUUGACCAUGGGUAAUGGGAGGCCGCCACAUCAGCAAUUUAUCCCGCAUGGGUGGCGUUGA